AAAGGACUGAAAGACCAAAACCUUCCAUUUUCAUUGUAAACAGAACCAUAAAAUACCACCGACCUUAAUUAAACCUCAAAACCCUCCGCCUGCAAAGCCCACGCCGCCGUCGCCUCCGACGCCUCCGACGACGUCUGACCGCCACCGGGAGUGUCUACCACCCGUGAAAGUAAAUUAAGAGCACCACCACUCAAAAUGGGUUCUCUGAAACGAUCAAGAAGAAAGCAGCAAAUGAAUGAGGACAGUGACAGUGGUUCUGAUUUCCAUAAUACGUACUCCAUGGAAAAUGACUCGCCAGCCGAUAAUGAUGAUUAUGAGGAUGAUGAUGGUGAUGAUGUUAAUGGUCAUUUUGCGCGAGGAGAUGACGAGGAAGGAGAUGAUAUUAGUGGCAAUGAAGAUGAAGAUGAAAAUCUAGAGUAUACUGAUGAAGAAAAACAGGAAAGGAACGAUGUUGAAAUGAAUGAGGAGAUGGCCAAGCUAGAGCAAGAGUAUAAGGAGCUUCAGCAUGUAGAGGAAGAUGCUUUAGAGAACUUGAAACGUCACAAGGAUGAGGAUCUUCAAGUUGCCCGUGCUGUAAAAAAUCAAAAGGCUCUCUGGGAUAAGGCUCUUGAGUUCAGAUGUUUGCUCCAGAAGGCAUAUUCAAGUUCAAACAGGCUUCCGCAGGAGCCUAUUCGAACCUUGUUUUGUGAUUCUGACAAGGGAGUUUUAGAAGCAUAUUCGGAUGUUUUAACUUCAGCUGAGAAAACCUUAGAUUCUAUACAUCAGUUACAGGAGGUACUACUUGAGAAGAACCCAUCAAUUACUCAAUCUUCUGGAGUUAGCUUGGAAAAAGACUCCAGGCAGUUGGAAUCUUCUGGAAACUCAGAUGGGGAAAGUGAUGCACAAUGGUUGCGGAUUUCUGAAAUGCAUUCUAGAAUGGCUCCUUUUAGGAAUAAAUCAAUUGAUAAGUGGCAUAGAAAGACCCAGGUGACAACCGGAGCUGCUUCUAUGAAAGGAAAGCUACAUGCUUUUAACCAGAGUAUAAGCCAACAAGUGGGUGGAUAUAUGAGGGAUCCCAGUAAAAUGAUCAAGGGAAUGCUGCAGAAUAAAUCUGCAGUUGCUCAAUUUGGUGCUGUUCUGGGUGCUGUCGGUUCUACCAAUUCAGAGGUCACGAGCAUGGAUGGUGGUGAUCCGGAAUUGCUGGAUGACUCGGACUUCUAUCAGAUGUUGUUAAAAGAGUUCCUCGAGACAAUUGAUCCAAAUGCAUCGGAGACAGCAUUUUACGCUGUAAAACGAUUGCAGGUUAAGAAGAGAAAAAUUGUAGACCGGCGCGCUUCAAAGAGUCGAAAGAUUAGGUAUAAUGUUCAUGAAAAGAUUGUCAAUUUUAUGGCCCCUCAGCCGAUGGAUCUUCCUCCUAUGGCUCCUAUGCUGUUAGAGAACUUAUUUGGCCUUAAAUCUCAGAAGCCUAUGGUCUCUCCCGACUCAUAGUAAGUCUCUACUUGAUUUGGUGAAGAAAUGAGUUGGAGGUUGUGAUCACCCGAGUCGGCGAUUUUGUAAGGGUUGCACAUAAUCUCAUAUUAAUUAUUCUUGUUAAAAGGGUUCUCCCCCAGGAACAAUCCAGUUGAAAAUGUUCUUCAAUAUAAUUAACUGUAAUAUUUAGCGAUGUUGUACUCUUCCAGCUAACCUCAAGUAUGUUGUACUCUUCCAACUAACCCCGUACUGCACUGGCGUGAUUUGUUAAUGUUGCCCAUAGUUUCAGCACUUUUAUCAUUAUUCCUACGUCUGUCAAGCAGAAUGUUCCUUUAGGAUCAAUGAAGUCUACUUGAAUGAUAUUUAGGGUUGUGCAAUGUUUUCGGACAAAUUAUAAUUCUGAACUUUGCCUUAUGAAAUUGUUAGUAUGAUAUUUAGGGUUGUGCAAUGUUUUCGGACAGGUGAUAAUUCUGAAGUUUUCCUUAUGAAAUUGUUA